AUGACGACGCAUGGGAUUUCCCCGGUCGCUCCCAAGAUCACCCCGAAAGCGUUUGUCGUCUCCAUGCUGGUCACGGGCGAAUCCGAAAUCAAUGCAGCCACCACGAUUACGUCGGUCGUGCUCUCGUACCUCUUCGAUCUCACGCAGACAUAUUUCUUCAUCGCCAGUAUUGCCGGAGUCAACCCGGAGCGCGCUACCACGGGUGCGGUGAUGUUUGUGUGCUAUGCGGUGCAGGCUGCCUUGCACUGCCGCCAGACCAUCCCACGGGUUAUAUCCCCCCUGGGCAUGGAGUUCCCCGUUCCAUAUCCUUCCAACUUCUACGGCACCGAUGUCUUUGAGAUCAGUGCCGAUCUGCGCACCAUGGUCGCUCGUCUCGCUCGCCUGGUCAUUCUCUCCAACUCGGCCGCUGCCGAAGAGUAUCGUGCGCAUUAUGCCACUGAAGACGACCAACAAAAAGCAGCGACGCUAGCACCAGGGGUGGUGGAGUGUGAUGUGGCCACCUCCAAUGUGUAUUCCAUUCCCAGAAGCUUCUCUCGGAAGAUCGCAGUCCAGGCCAGCAGCAAUCCUCCUUUUUAG